UCCAGUAAUAAACAAACUAGUUUGCCCGUUCUGAUCAAAUAUUUCUACUUUCUGGCUGUAACAUUACCAACGAUGGAGUCAUCUUUAUGCCGAGUUUGUUUGGGCUACUCCAAAAAUAUGGUCAACAUAUUUGAAGAAGUUGAACUCGGGGUUUUCAUUGGUAACAUGAUUGCGGAGUGUACAGGCUAUAAAGUUGAGAAUGGAGAUAUGUUGCCCCAAACCAUUUGCGCCAUUUGCCUGCAGGAAGUGAAAAACGCUUUCGAUAUAAAGAAAACCUACGAAAGGAGCUCUCAGUUCUACAGUGAAAUGGAGGAGGAUUUGCAGGGAAUGUUUUUACCCGAGGAAAAUGAUUUUUGCGACAAGGAAAACGAACUAGAGGAUGAUGCUGAUGAUGAUUCAGACUACUUGCCAUCGGACGAGGACCCUGAAGGUGGUGAAAAUGCAGUACCUGCUGAUGUAACUCCAGUACCUGCUAAUAAAGAGGCAGUGCCUGCUGAUAAAGAGGCACUACCUGCUUCUGACAAGGGUACUAACCAGAACGGCGCCAAGGAAAACCGUCACAAGUGCUCUUAUUGUUCCAAAACCUUCCCCAGGUCUUCUAACUUGCAGAGACACCGGCGAAUUCACACGAACGAACGACCCUACAAGUGCUAUCUGUGCCCGAAGAGUUUCCAUUGCUCUUCGAAUCUCAACCAUCACCUGAGAACCCACGCAGGAGUAAAACCAUUCAAAUGCGACCACUGCUCGAAGUUCUUUAUCCAGAACGCAAACCUUCAGGCGCACUUGCGGCGAGUGAGGGGUGUAAAACCCUUUAAGUGUACCGAAUGCCCAAAGUCCUUCUUUCUAAGACAGCAUCUUGAGAACCACACGCGAACCCACACUGGCGAGCAACCAUUCCAGUGCACCACCUGCUCCAAAUACUUUUCCCAACCGACCAGUCUCAAACGGCAUUUACUCACCCACACGGGAGAACGACCCUACAAGUGUACCCGUUGCUCAUCUAGUUUUAAUCAGCAUUCUAGUCUUAAGCGGCACCUAAACACAGUCCACACUUAACUAGAUUUUAAGAAACCACACAAUGUCUACAUGUAUAUUUAAGCUAACUCACACUUGACAAACCCUUCCUGUAGAAAAAAGUUAAUCCGUGAUUAUGUACGUCUACGUUUAUAGAAUCAUUUCCCUGUUCUGCUCUAAUAUGUCAAAGAAAAUAUACAUUAGAA